UUGCAGACGCAAUCGACACAACAAAACUCUCUCUUCUCAUCUACAACUCCAGCACAGGCGCGCAAGAAGGGUGCACCGAAGAAAGAUCCUCGAAUCACCGCGAUCCGCUACCACUUAUACCACCCGAAGACCCCACGACCGCUUCAUUUCUCCCGCAAUCGCGCUCUACGGCAUUGGACUAUUCACCGCGCAUGGCAACGGCAUCUCGACAAUCAACGGAGAACACGCGAGCUCGAUCUUGAACGACAAUACAAUGCCAUGGCCUCGGCCUGUGAGGCUCUACGGCUGAUUGACGAUGAUGGUCUGACGGAGCAAGAGGCGGAGCAUUACGGUGCGCUUCAGCAGCGUUCGGAGAAGGAGGUGGGACGGUUAUAUCGCCAGGCGAUGAUGAAGGAUAAUGUCUGGGAUGGAGUUCCCAUUGAAUACGCGAGGAUGCAGACGGAGACUCCAGGGCGGGAUGGAUGGAAUUAUGGCUGGACACGAUGA